UAAUCCACAUGGUAGAACCAGUCUAAUUCAGCAUGUCGAUAGAAAAACCGCCAAUGGAGCCUGAGCUCCAUGCAGACAACCAAGGGAGAAGCUUCCUUGAAUCACAAUCACAGUCGUGGUCUUCACCUUCCAUAUCUGCAUCUGCAUCAGGUCAACCUGAACGAAGACCGACCGAUCCAGCUCACGCCCAUUCUAUCUCUUCCACAAGCUCCACUACUGAAACCGAGGUCGAACACCACCAACCCAGAAAUACCCACCGUGCAUCGCUGAACCCGAACGACGAGGCCUACCUCACCAAACUUGUCAGCGCAGACCACAGCAUUGCUCGAGUCAACACCCUAGCUAAUAUCCCCACGAACGACCCGGCACUCAAUCCAGAUAGCAAAGACUUCGAUCUUUACAAAUGGCUGCGGAAGAUCUCACACUUGCUGAACGAGGGAGGAAUCCAGCAAAAGGAAGCGGCCAUCUACUUCGAGAACCUCCGAGUGUCAGGGACUGGAUCGGCACUGCAACUUCAACAAACUGUGUCAGACUUGAUUACAGCGCCCCUGAGGCCGCGUGAAAUCUUCAAUCUGGGUCCCAAGACCCCCAAGCAGAUCCUACGGGGCUUUGAUGGCGUGUUGGAGAGUGGGGAGUUGCUGCUGGUGCUGGGGCGCCCUGGGUCUGGCUGCAGUACAUUUCUCAAGACGCUCUGUGGCGAGUUGAAUGGACUGGACCUGGACCCCGCAUCAGUGAUCCACUACAGUGGUAUUCCCCAGAAGACGAUGAUCAAGGAAUUCAAGGGUGAAGUUCUCUACAACCAGGAAGGAGACAAACACUUCCCGCACCUGACCGUGGGACAGACGCUGGAAUUCGCAGCAUCCGUUCGGACACCCUCAAAGCGUCUACAGGGCAUGUCCCGAAAAGAGUAUGCCACGAUGAUGACGAAGGUAGUGAUGGCGGUGUUCGGCCUAAGCCACACGUACAACACUAAGGUGGGAAGCGACCACGUCCGUGGUGUAUCGGGUGGUGAGCGAAAGCGUGUCAGUAUUGCAGAAAUGGCUGUCUCGGGAGCCCCCAUCGCUGCGUGGGAUAACUCGACUCGCGGUCUGGAUUCAGCGACUGCGCUGAAAUUUGUGCAUGCAUUACGACUGUCAGCCGAUCUAGGAUCGUCAUUGCAUGCGGUCGCUGCCUACCAAGCUAGCCAAGCGAUCUAUGAUCUCUUCGACAAGACCGUGCUGCUCUACGAGGGACAUCAAAUCUACUACGGAUCGGCCGCCAAGGCAAAGGCUUUCUUUGAGCGCCAGGGAUGGUUCUGUCCUCCACGCCAAACAACCGGUGAUUUCCUGACUUCCGUUACCAACCCGGUUGAACGGCAGCCAAUUCCUGGUAUGGAGGCCCGAGUUCCCCGUACACCUCAAGAGUUCGAAACAUACUGGCGGCAAUCACCCGAGUAUCAGGAACUUCAGAAAGAGAUGGCUGCUCAUCAGCAGCAUGUUUCUUCCCGCUCGAAUGAGAAGUUGCUGGAAUUGCAGCAGCAGAAGCGUCAAGAACAAGCCAACCAUACGCGGGCAGCUUCGCCAUAUCUUCUUAGUAUUCCCAUGCAGAUCAAACUCAACACCAUUCGAGCCUACCAGCGGGUUUGGAACGAGCGGACCUCGACAGUGACAACCGUGGUCGGAAACUGCAUACUGGCUUUGAUUAUUGGUUCAGUCUUCUACGGCUCCCCUGUGUCUACUGCAGGGUUUUUCUCCAGGGGUGCAGUGCUCUUCUAUGCGGUGCUCCUGAACGCCCUCACGGCCAUGACAGAAAUCAACAGCCUGUACUCCCAGCGUCCCAUUGUGGAAAAGCACGCGUCCUUCGCCUUCUAUCACCCAGCCACGGAAGCCAUUGCCGGUGUCUUGAGCGACAUCCCGGUCAAAUUCCUUCUAGCGGUGGUUUUCAACAUUAUUUUGUACUUUCUGAGUAAUCUGCGCAGAGAGCCGUCGCAAUUCUUCAUAUACUUCCUCAUCAACUUCAUCAUUAUGUUCGUGAUGAGUGCUGUGUUCCGGACUAUGGCUGCGAUCACCAAAACUGUCUCCCAAGCCAUGACCUUGGCCGGCAUUCUGAUUCUUGCCUUGGUCAUCUACACAGGCUUCGUGGUUCCGGUGCCCAAAAUGCAUCCCUGGUUCGGAUGGAUUCACUACAUCAACCCGAUCUACUACGCGUUUGAAAUUCUGGUUGCCAACGAGUUCCACGGACGCGAGUUUGCCUGCUCUGAAUUCGUCCCCUCCUACCCGAACCUCGAAGGCGACUCUUUCGUGUGCUCAACGACUGGGGCUGUUGCCGGUCGUCGGACUGUCAGCGGCGAUGACUACAUUUGGGCUUCAUACAGGUACACUUACAGUCACGUCUGGCGGAACUUCGGCAUCCUGAUCGCAUUCCUCAUCGGUUUCUUGGCCAUUUACUUUCUCGCCACCGAACUCAACUCAUCGGCCACCAGCACGGCCGAGGUUCUGCUGUUCCGUCGAGGACACGAGCCUGCUUACAUGAAGCAGGAACAAGGGGCUAACGCUGAUGAGGAAUCCGGCAAACCUACCGCUAAUUCAACCCAGAACCACACGCAGGACAAAGUGAACGACAAGCAACAAAGUGGGGCCUUCUCUAUCCCACCUCAGCGGGACAUCUUCACCUGGAACAAUAUCGUCUACGAUAUCGAGAUCAAGGGCGAGCCGCGUCGACUGCUCGACCACGUGGCCGGUUGGGUCAAGCCAGGAACUCUGACAGCGUUGAUGGGAGUCAGUGGUGCCGGCAAAACCACUCUUCUCGAUGUCUUGGCUCACCGCACGACCAUGGGUGUCAUCACGGGCGACAUGUUCGUCAGUGGUCGUCCCCUGGAUUCGAGCUUCCCUCGCAAGACCGGUUACGUCCAGCAACAAGAUCUGCACCUUGAGACCGCGACGGUCCGCGAGAGCUUAAGAUUCAGUGCUAUGCUCCGACAGCCGGACUCGGUCCCGAUCGAGGAGAAAUAUGCUUACGUCGAAGAGGUCAUCAAGAUGCUGAACAUGGAGGAAUUCGCUGAAGCUGUUGUGGGUGUGCUCGGCGAAGGUCUUAACGUCGAGCAACGCAAGCUAUUGACCAUCGGAGUGGAAUUGGCCGCCAAACCGAAGCUCCUGCUAUUCUUGGACGAGCCAACCAGUGGUCUGGACUCGCAGAGUUCUUGGGCCAUCUGCAGCUUCCUGCGCAAACUGGCCGAUGCCGGCCAGGCGAUUCUCUGCACGAUCCACCAACCCAGCGCGAUCCUGUUCCAGCAGUUCGACCAGUUACUGUUCCUUGCCCGCGGCGGCAAAACCGUCUACUUCGGCCCGAUCGGCGAGAACUCGCGGACGCUCCUCGACUACUUCGAAGCCAACGGCGCCCCGCGACCCUGCGACGACGAGGAGAACCCGGCCGAAUACAUGCUCGAGAUCGUCAACGCGGUCAGCAACAAGCACGGGGAGGACUGGUUCGAGGUGUGGAAACGGAGCCCGGAAGCCGCCGCCGUGCAGGCGGAACUCCACCGGAUCCACGCCGCCGCCAGUUCCCAUGCUGGCGGAAUCUCCGAGGCAGAUAAUGAUCCGCGGGAGCAGGCGGAAUUCGCCAUGCCAUUGACGAAGCAGCUGCCGAUCGUGAUGCGGCGGGUGUUCGAGCAAUACUGGCGGACGCCGAUGUACAUCGUGGCGAAGAUGAUGCUGGGGAUCUGCUCGGGCUUGUUCAUCGGGUUCAGCUUCUUCCACGCAGACAGCUCGACGCAGGGGCUGCAGGACGCGAUCUUCUCGGUGUUCAUGCUGUGCGCGAUCUUCUCGUCGCUGGUGCAGCAGAUCAUCCCGAUGUUCAUCAUCCAGCGGUCGCUGUACGAGGUGCGCGAGCGGCCCAGCAAGACGUACUCGUGGAAGGCGUUCAUGGUCGCCAGCAUCCUCGUCGAGAUCCCCUACCAGAUCGUCAUGGGCGUGCUGGUGUACGCAUGCUACUACUACGCCGUCGACGGCGUGCAGGCCUCGUCGCGCCAGGGCCUGGUGCUGCUCUUCUGCAUCCAGUUCUUCGUCUACGCCAGCACCUUCGCCAUCCUCUGCAUCGCCGCUCUGCCCGACGCCGAGACCGCCGGCGCCAUCGUCACCCUUCUCUUCUCCAUGGCCCUCACCUUCAACGGCGUCAUGCAGUCCCCCUCCGCCCUCCCGGGCUUCUGGAUCUUCAUGUACCGCGUCUCCCCCUUUACCUACUGGGUCGGUGGCGUCACCGCCACCCAGCUGCACGACCGCGCCGUCCAGUGCAGCACCACCGAGCUGUCCAUCUUCAACCCCCCGGCCGGCCAGACCUGCGGCGACUACCUCAGCGACUACCUCCAGACCGCCGUCGGGUACCUGAAGAACCCCAACGCCACCGCCAGCUGCGAGUACUGCUCCAUGUCCGUCGCCGAUCAGUAUCUGGCCGGCGUGAACAUCUUCUACAGCGAGCGCUGGCGUAACUUCGGCAUCUUCUGGGUCUAUAUCGUCGUGGAUAUCGCCGCGGCCGCUUUCUUGUACUAUGCCUUCCGCGUCAAGAAGUGGAGCUUGGCCUCGCUGAAGAAGGGGAAGAAGGACUGAGUCCGGGUGGAGAUGAUUUAUUCCUCCUCUUUCCUUGUCUGCCCUUUUCUAAUAUCCCUGAUAUAAACUCGGUUUCAUUUUCUUGGCAUCUCUCUCCCUGCACACUAUAGCCAUAGACGAGCCUGUUAUUUUCUUCUGCUUUUAUCCGCGAUUCCCACAUGGGCACUUAGAAUUUGUUCUGUAUAGAUCAGAACAACACUACAUCUAUGUAACUAUUCCUCCUCUAUCGAGAUUACAAUUAGACUUACCAUUCUUCAAUC